CAUGGAAUACACACCUCGCUUUCUUAUUUCUAUUGAAACGUGAAGAUCAGCAGAGAGGAGCAAUUUCGCAAUGAAUUCAGGAAAUUUGUUUUUGCUUUUUUUCCUAUUACCUUGUGUAACAGUUGAGGCAGGAUUCUUUGACUUUUUUGAAAGUCUUUUUUGUAGUUGUCAUUUUGAUGGGUUUAAAGAUAUAACGAUUAUUUCAGAAAAAGAUGAUUUACGGCAUUUUGAUUCUAAAGAACUGAAAAAGGAUUUAAGGAAGUUUCUAUAUGGACAACACAUCGCAAAGAAAACUAUACAGAAUGUUGUGUCCUCCUUUAUGGAAGAUUCAAAUCCAAACAAACCACUAGUGCUCUCUUUCCAUGGGCCACCAGGAGUGGGAAAGAGUUAUGUCACCAAUAUCAUUGCAAGGAAUAUUUAUAAAAAUGGGAAGAAGAGCAAACAUGUCCACACAUUCAAGGCUGAUUACUUGUUCCAACACAAGGAAAUGACAAGAACUUAUCAAACCCAACUUAGGGAAUGGAUUCAUGGGAAUGUGUCAUGCUUUCCCCGCUCCAUGUUCAUAUUUGAUAAAGUUGAUCAAAUGAAUCCAGAGCUGAUCGACGCCAUAACGCCCUUUCUGGAAUACAAUCAUCAAUUAGACGGGGUGUCAUUCAACAAUGCAAUCUUCAUUUUUAUCAGUAACUCAGAGAAGGAUGCAAUCAUCAACUUGACUCUGGAUUUCUGGAAAGAAGGGAGAGAUCGAGAAGAGAUACAGAUGACCAGCAGUGGACUGGAGACUCAAAUCUCUCAAAACAUCUACAAUGACAAGAAUGAUGGAUUUCAGCACUCCAGUCUCUUGGAUCAUCAUCUGAUUGAUUAUUUUAUUCCUUUCCUACCUCUGGAACUGAAGCAUGUGCGUCAGUGUGUCCUGUCUGAAAUGGCCCACCUGAAAAUGAAUGCAGACAAAGAUCUGGCUGACAAAGUGGCCAGAGACAUGCCUUUCUUUCCUCCAGAGGAGAAAAUCUUUGCUGUUAAAGGCUGCAAGUCAGUCAGACAGAAGCUUUAUGCUAAUGAUUAGAUGAAAGAGACUUGAGCUGCACAUUUUGUCCACAUUGUACCAUUACAUGCAAAAUUAUCCAUACAGUUAUUAACAUCUGUCAGACAUACAUGCAUAUUCCAUAAAUAUCUAUGACAUGUGAUUUGUGAUGUCUGUUAAAUAUCUGGCCAGACCAACAAGAGUGACAGGAUGUCCACCAAGAAGAUGGGAACUUGCAGUCUUACAAUUUAUUGUUUUUUACAGAACAACUGCAGGUUUUUUCAUUGCUGCUGUUUUGUUUUAUUUUUGGCAUGGAAGUCAUUUUGUGGCAAUUCUCUGUUCGUUAUAUAUGAAUUUACAUGUAAGAAAUGUGUAAAAAUGGACAUGCAAAUGAAAUUUUUCGGUUUACAUGUAACAUAU